UUCAACAUGGAUGUCUGGUUGGUCUGCAGCGCUUUGAGUCUGUUGUUACCUGUUACAGAAGCCUUUGGUUCUGGGGACGACGGCUGGUCCAUGAACGUGCAGUCGGAGGUGCGAGCCAUCGAGGGGUACCCUGUGGUGCUGCCCUGCACUUUCAGCCAUCCCCAGCACUCCCAGCAUUCCUCGCUGCAGGUGCUGUGGCGUCUGGGCCACGGUCAGAGCGCCACCGUCCUGUACCGCUGCACCAGCAACUCAGGGACCACCGCCUGUGAACCAGGGCCCCAGCAGGACCAGCGCUACCGACUGGAGGGGAACCCAAGGGAGCAUGACCUGUCACUGCGGAUCAACAGCGCCACCCUGCAGGACAGCGGGCGCUACUACUGCCGAGUGGAGAUCCUGGGACGGGAACAUCUCAGCUUUGAGGACAAGAUGGGGACCAAGCUGAGAGUCGAGACUCCUCCAAAGAUCCUGGCCCUGUCGGUGGAGGGCACUGAGCAGUCUGGAUUCAGAGCAGUGUGUCGCGUACAGGGCUCCCCGCUGCCGGACGUCCAGUGGCUCGGCCCAGACCACCUUCUGGAGGGUUCUCUGGUGGGCCCGCUGGCUCAGGACUCCCAGCCUCACUACUACCACACUGUCAGCCAGCUGAGGGACGUGGAGCCGGGCCAGCAGUACACCUGCAGCGCCUCCAACCCUCUGGGCCGGGAGCAGGCCACCCUUUACGUCCUGCCCCCUCGGCCCUCCCUGACCGUGGGCAGAGCCUCGCCGCCUCUCCUGCUCCUCCUGUCGCUGUCCCUGGGGGCCAAGAUCCUCCUGCUGGUGGGGAUGGGUGUUUGGAUGGCGCAGGGACGAGCUCUGCAGGGGGUCCGCUGCUGGUGGAAGUAAAAAGCUCUCAUUUCCAUCAACCUUAUUUAAAGUCAAGUUUUGAACAUUUAUAAGCAUCAUGAAAUGUGUUUUUUAACACUCUGUGAUCGAGCUGUAGGAAGAUAAAACCCUCCUGUUGUGUUGCGGGUCAAAUUGACCCUUUUUAAAGUCUAUUUUAGGAAAUACACGACCUCCAAACCUGCUAA